AUGCUUAGUAGAACAAUAAAUAGAGUAGUCACAUCUAUAAAGCCGCUUUCAAUAUUCAGAAUGUCAUCCUCUGCCGCUGCUCCUGCUCCUGCUGUUAAGACUCCAAAGGCUCCAAAGGCUCCGAAGAAAGGCAAAUUGCAAGUAUCUUUGAAAACGCCUAAGGGUACUAAGGACUGGGCUGACAGUGAUAUGAUUAUCAGAGAAGCCAUUUUCAGCACUUUAUCUGGUCUAUUCAAGAAGCAUGGUGGUGUCACCAUUGACACACCCGUCUUCGAGUUGAGAGAAAUUUUGGCAGGUAAGUAUGGUGAAGACUCCAAAUUAAUCUACAACUUGGAGGAUCAGGGUGGUGAACUAUGUUCUUUACGUUAUGAUUUGACUGUUCCCUUUGCUAGGUACGUUGCAAUGAACAACCUUCAAAGUAUCAAGAGGUAUCAUAUUGCAAAGGUCUACAGAAGAGAUCAACCAGCUAUGACCAAAGGUCGUAUGAGGGAGUUUUACCAGUGUGAUUUUGAUGUUGCAGGUGUCUUCGAAUCGAUGGUUCCUGAUUCUGAAUGUUUAUCCAUUUUAGUGGAAGGUUUGACCAGUUUGGGAAUCAAAGAUUUCAAAAUCAAACUAAAUCACAGGAAGAUUCUUGAUGGUAUCUUCCAAAUAUCUGGCGUUAAAGAUGAGGAUGUGAGGAAAAUCUCCUCUGCUGUCGAUAAAUUGGACAAAUCCCCAUGGGAGGCAGUCAAAAGGGAAAUGACUGAAGAAAAGGGUCAAUCUGAAGAAACAGCCGACAAAAUCGGUGAAUAUGUUAAAUUAAACGGUUCUUUGAAGGAAAUCCAUACCAUUCUGUCUGAAGAUGCCAAAAUCACUUCAAAUGAAAUGGCUAAACAAGGUUUGGAUGAGAUUGCUACUUUGAUGAAGUAUGCCGAAGCAUUUAACAUUGACUCAUUCAUCUCCUUUGAUCUUUCUCUUGCAAGAGGUUUGGAUUACUAUACAGGUUUAAUCUUUGAAGUUGUUACUUCAGCAUCUGCUCCACCAAAGAAUGCUUCAGAAUUGAAGAAGAAGGCGAAAUCUGUUGAAGACGCCUCAGAGUUUGUUGGUGUCGGCUCAAUUGCAGCCGGUGGCCGUUAUGAUAAUUUGGUCAACAUGUUUUCUGAAGCCUCCGGCAAAAAAUCUACUCAAAUCCCAUGUGUUGGUAUUUCUUUUGGUGUUGAAAGAAUAUUUUCUUUGAUCAAACAAAGAAUUAGUUCCUCUACAGUUAUAAAGCCAACUGCUACGCAGGUGUUUGUUAUGGCUUUUGGUGGUGGUAAAGACUGGACUGGUUAUUUACCUGAAAGAAUGAAGGUCACCAAGCAAUUAUGGGAUGCUGGUAUUGAAGCUGAAUAUGUUUAUAAAUCCAAGGCUAACCCUAGGAAGCAAUUUGACGCUGCUGAAAAAGCGGGUUGUCACAUUGCCGUGAUUCUCGGUAAGGAGGAGUACUUGGAGGGUAAAUUACGUGUCAAAAGAUUGGGCCAAGAAUUUGCCGAUGAUGAUGGUGAAUUGGUUAGUGCUGCUGACAUUGUCCCUAUUGUCCAAAAGAAGUUGUCACAAAUUCAUGAAGAUGGUCUUAAUGAAGUCACUCGUUUGAUUAAAGGACUAUAA